AUGGCUAAAAAUCUACAGUUUUGCUGGCAGCCGCUUCCGCAUCCGACGAAGAACAUCAGACUCAUCGAACUCUUGUCAGCUAAGUCCAAAGACGCCCCUAUCCAACUCAAGCUCGCCACCUAUUCCAUCAAUGGGUAUUGCCCGAGCUAUGAGGCAAUCUCGUACACAUGGGGCGACGCAGUCGACGAAGAAGAAAUUAUCAUGGGUGGGGAAGACGGGCAAUCUUCACGGAAGCUCCGUGUCCGCAAAAACCUCUACGACUGCCUCAAACGACUCCGCCAGACCACCAGUGCUCGAUACUUGUGGGUCGACGCCAUAUGCAUCGAUCAGAGAAACAACGACGAAAAAGGUGCCCAGGUGUCCAUCAUGGGCAAGAUCUUCUCGGGCGCAGAGCGCGUUCUCGUCUGGCUCGGCGAAGUCGACGACGGCAGCGACACGAUCUUGGCGAAAGCUACCAAAAGAAAAUGGUGGGCGUUCGGCGCCAGUUUCUGCAUUCCAACCACGUCAAAGAAGAGAGCAGCGCAUCAGAUGUCGGAAAGUCCUACUGGUCACGAACGUGGAUUGUUCAAGAGAUCGUCAGUGCCCAAGCCAUCUCUGUUCACUACGGUGAAGCCGUCAUCGACUGGGGUGCUCUCCGACUCUUCGCGGAGUUGUGCGGCCACGACGGAGACUUUUCAUGGAAAUUCGACCUCUUCGAUGAGCCACGGCGAGCGUGGCACCUGUCGGCAAACAUUCGUCAGAUCAACACAACCUUGA